AUGCCCCUGAGCCCGAUGAAGGUAGGAAAGGGCAUCCGCCAGAGCGGAGGGCGCAAGGGCUGGACGGAGGAAGCUAUGCAGAGGGAGGGGGCUCGUUGGAUGCUGGCCAGCUGGGAGGAAGGCUGGUGUAUUAUUAACCCAAAGAACCCAAAGGAAGCACCAAAGUCCUUCAGCUUCGACUACUCCUACUGGUCUCACACCUCGCCUGAAGAUCCCUGUUUUGCAUCGCAGAAUCGUGUGUACAAUGACAUUGGAAAGGAGAUGCUCUUACAUGCCUUCGAAGGCUAUAAUGUCUGUAUUUUUGCCUAUGGGCAAACUGGUGCUGGGAAGUCCUACACGAUGAUGGGGAAGCAAGAAGAGAGCCAAGCUGGGAUCAUCCCACAGUUGUGUGAAGAACUUUUUGAAAAGAUCAAUGACAACUGUAAUGAAGAAAUGUCUUACUCUGUGGAGGUGAGCUACAUGGAAAUUUACUGUGAGAGAGUACGAGAUUUGCUGAAUCCCAAAAACAAGGGUAAUUUGCGUGUGCGUGAACACCCGCUUCUUGGGCCCUAUGUGGAGGAUCUGUCCAAGCUGGCGGUCACUUCCUACACUGACAUUGCUGACCUCAUGGAUGCUGGGAACAAAGCCAGGACCGUGGCAGCUACCAACAUGAAUGAGACAAGCAGCCGUUCCCACGCUGUGUUCACCAUUGUUUUUACCCAGAAGAAACAGGACCCUGAGACGAACCUUUCUACUGAGAAGGUCAGUAAAAUCAGCUUGGUGGAUCUAGCAGGAAGUGAACGAGCUGAUUCAACUGGUGCCAAAGGAACUCGAUUAAAGGAAGGCGCAAAUAUUAAUAAGUCUCUUACAACUUUGGGCAAAGUCAUUUCGGCCUUGGCAGAGGUGAGUAAGAAGAAGAAGAAAACCGAUUUUAUUCCUUAUAGGGAUUCUGUACUUACUUGGCUCCUUCGAGAAAAUCUAGGUGGCAACUCCCGAACUGCGAUGGUUGCUGCUCUCAGCCCGGCAGACAUCAACUAUGACGAAACGCUGAGCACUCUGAGAUAUGCAGAUCGUGCAAAACAAAUUAAAUGCAAUGCUGUUAUCAACGAGGACCCGAAUGCCAAGCUGGUUCGGGAGCUGAAGGAGGAAGUGACCCGACUGAAGGACCUUCUUCGUGCUCAGGGGCUGGGAGAUAUUAUUGAUACAUCCAUGGGGUCUCUUACUUCAUCUCCAUCUUCAUGCUCACUUACUAGUCAGGUGGGCUUAACAUCUGUGACCAGUAUUCAAGAGAGGAUCAUGUCUACCCCUGGAGGGGAGGAGGCCAUCGAACGUCUAAAGGAGUCAGAGAAGAUCAUUGCUGAGUUGAAUGAAACCUGGGAAGAGAAACUUCGUAAAACAGAGGCCAUCAGAAUGGAGAGAGAAGCCUUGUUGGCUGAGAUGGGAGUUGCCAUACGGGAAGAUGGGGGAACGCUUGGUGUUUUCUCACCUAAAAAGACUCCUCAUCUUGUUAACCUCAAUGAAGACCCACUAAUGUCGGAGUGUUUGCUUUAUUAUAUCAAGGAUGGAAUUACAAGGGUUGGCCAAGCAGAUGCAGAGCGGCGCCAGGACAUAGUGCUGAGUGGGGCCCACAUUAAAGAAGAGCAUUGUAUCUUUCGGAGUGAGAGGAACAACACCGGUGAAGUUAUUGUGACCUUAGAGCCCUGUGAGCGCUCGGAAACGUAUGUGAAUGGCAAGAGGGUGGCCCAUCCAGUUCAGCUUCGCUCAGGGAACCGGAUCAUCAUGGGUAAGAACCAUGUCUUUCGUUUUAACCACCCUGAACAAGCACGAGCGGAGCGGGAGAAGACCCCCUCUGCUGAGACCCCCUCCGAGCCCGUGGACUGGACGUUCGCUCAGAGAGAGCUUCUCGAAAAACAAGGGAUUGAUAUGAAGCAGGAGAUGGAAAAAAGGCUUCAGGAAAUGGAGAUCCUUUACAAAAAGGAGAAGGAGGAAGCUGAUCUUCUUCUGGAGCAGCAGAGACUGGACUAUGAGAGUAAAUUGCAGGCCUUGCAGAGGCAGGUUGAGACUCGAUCUCUGGCUGCAGAGACAACGGAAGAGGAAGAGGAGGAGGAGGAAGUUCCUUGGACACAGCAUGAAUUUGAGUUGGCCCAGUGGGCGUUUCGGAAAUGGAAGUCUCACCAGUUUACUUCACUAAGGGACUUACUCUGGGGCAAUGCGGUAUACCUGAAGGAAGCCAAUGCCAUCAGUGUGGAGCUGAAGAAAAAGGUGCAGUUCCAGUUUGUUCUGCUGACUGACACACUGUACUCCCCUUUGCCUCCUGAAUUACUUCCCACGGAGAUGGAGAAAACUCACGAGGACAGACCGUUCCCUCGGACAGUGGUAGCAGUGGAGGUCCAGGAUCUGAAGAAUGGAGCAACACAUUACUGGUCUUUGGAUAAACUCAAGCAGAGACUGGAUCUGAUGCGAGAGAUGUAUGACAGGGCAGGGGAGGUGGCCUCCAGCGCCCAAGACGAGAGCGAGACCACCAUGACCGGCAGUGACCCAUUCUACGAUCGCUUCCACUGGUUCAAACUUGUGGGAAGCUCCCCUAUUUUCCACGGCUGUGUGAAUGAGCGCCUUGCCGACCGCACACCCUCCCCCACUUUUUCCACGGCCGAUUCCGACAUCACUGAACUGGCUGACGAGCAGCAGGAUGCCAUGGAGGACUUUGAUGAUGAGGCAUUCGUGGAUGACACCGGCUCUGACGCAGGGACGGAAGAGGGAUCAGAGCUCUUCAGUGAUGGGCAUGACCCAUUUUACGACCGAUCCCCUUGGUUCAUUUUAGUAGGAAGGGCAUUUGUGUAUUUGAGCAACCUGCUGUAUCCGGUGCCCCUGAUUCACAGGGUGGCCGUUGUCAGUGAGAAGGGGGAAGUGCGGGGAUUUCUUCGUGUGGCUGUGCAGGCCAUUGCAGCUGAUGAAGAAGCUCCUGAUUACGGCUCUGGAAUUCGACAGUCGGGAACGGCUAAAAUAUCUUUUGAUAAUGAAUACUUUAAUCAGAGUGACUUCUCCUCAGCUGCAAUGACUCGUUCUGGUCUGUCCUUGGAGGAGCUGAGAAUUGUGGAAGGUCAGGGCCAGAGUUCUGAAGUCAUCAGUCCUCCAGAAGAAGUCAAUCGGAUGAAUGACUUGGAUUUGAAGUCAGGCACUUUGUUGGAUGGGAAGAUGGUGAUGGAAGGAUUUUCUGAAGAGAUUGGUAACCACCUGAAACUGGGCAGUGCCUUCACUUUCCGAGUCACUGUGCUCCAGGCCAGUGGGAUCCUUCCAGAGUAUGCAGACAUCUUUUGUCAGUUCAACUUUUUGCAUCGGCAUGAUGAAGCAUUCUCCACUGAACCCCUCAAGAACAAUGGAAGAGGAAGUCCCCUGGGCUUUUACCAUGUACAGAAUAUUGCAGUGGAGGUCACCGAGUCGUUUGUGGAUUACAUCAAAACCAAGCCCAUCGUAUUUGAGGUCUUUGGGCAUUACCAGCAGCACCCACUUCAUCUGCAAGGACAAGAUCUUACCAGUCCACCUCAGCCAUCUCGAAGAUUCUUCCCCCCUCCCAUGCCACUCUCCAAACCAGUUCCAGCUACUAAGUUAAACACUAUGAACAAAACCAGCCUUGGGCAAAGCAUGAGCAAGUACGACCUUCUGGUUUGGUUCGAGAUCAGUGAACUGGAGCCUACUGGAGAGUAUAUUCCAGCUGUGGUUGACCACACAGCAGGCUUGCCUUGCCAGGGGACAUUUUUGCUGCACCAGGGCAUCCAGCGACGGAUCACAGUGACUAUUAUCCACGAGAAGGGCAGUGAGCUCCACUGGAAAGAUGUUCGUGAACUGGUGGUAGGUCGGAUUAGGAAUAAACCUGAGGUAGAUGAAGCUGCAGUUGAUGCUAUCCUUUCCCUAAACAUCAUCUCUGCUAAGUCUCUGAAGUCUUCCCACAGCUCCAGCAGGACUUUCUACCGUUUCGAGGCUGUAUGGGACAGCUCCCUACAUAACUCGCUCCUUCUGAACCGGGUGACACCCUAUGGAGAAAAGAUCUACAUGACCUUAUCUGCUUAUCUGGAGUUGGACCAUUGCAUCCAGCCAGCUGUUAUCACUAAGGAUGUGUGCAUGGUCUUCUAUUCCCGAGAUGCCAAGAUCUCACCACCACGUUCCCUGCGAAACCUCUUUGGUAGUGGCUACUCAAAGUCACCAGACUCCAACCGAGUGACUGGAAUCUACGAGCUGAGCUUAUGCAAAAUGGCAGAUACUGGGAGCCCUGGCAUGCAGAGGCGGAGGAGAAAAGUCUUGGAUACCUCGGUGGCAUACGUGCGGGGAGAGGAGAACCUAGCGGGCUGGCGACCUCGUGGAGACAGCCUCAUCCUGGAACACCAGUGGGAGCUGGAGAAGCUGGAGCUGCUGCAUGAGGUGGAAAAAACUCGCCACUUCUUGCUGCUUCGGGAGAGACUUGGUGACAGCAUACCCAAGUCUCUUAGUGACUCAUUGUCCCCCAGCCUCAGCAGUGGGACCCUCAGCACCUCGACCAGCAUCUCUUCUCAGAUCUCAACCACCACCUUUGAAAGCGCCAUCACACCGAGCGAGAGCAGUGGCUACGACUCAGCAGACAUUGAGAGCCUGGUAGACCGAGAGAAAGAGCUGGCUACAAAGUGCCUGCAGCUUCUCACCCACACUUUCAACCGAGAAUUCAGCCAGGUCCACGGCAGUGUCAGUGACUGUAAGCUGUCUGACAUCUCUCCAAUUGGACGGGACCCCUCGGUGUCCAGUUUCAGCAGUUCCACCCUCACACCCUCCUCCACAUGCCCCUCUCUGGUGGACUCCAGGAGCAGCUCUAUGGACCAGAAGACCCCAGAAGCCAACUCUCGUGCCUCCAGUCCCUGCCAAGAAUUUGAACAGUUUCAGAUUGUCCCAACUGUGGAGACGCCCUAUUUGGCCCGAGCAGGAAAGAAUGAAUUUCUCAAUCUUGUUCCAGACAUUGAAGAAGUCAGAGCAGGCUCAGUGGUAUCUAAGAAAGGAUACCUGCAUUUCAAAGAGCCACUUUCCAGCAACUGGGCUAAACAUUUCGUUGUGGUUCGUCGCCCUUACGUCUUCAUCUAUAACAGUGACAAAGACCCAGUAGAGCGUGGCAUCAUUAACCUGUCUACAGCACAGGUGGAGUACAGCGAGGACCAACAGGCCAUGGUGAAGACACCUAAUACUUUUGCUGUAUGCACAAAGCACCGUGGGGUCCUUCUGCAAGCUCUCAAUGACAAAGACAUGAAUGACUGGUUAUAUGCCUUUAACCCACUUCUGGCUGGCACAAUAAGGUCAAAACUCUCUCGCAGAUGCCCGAGCCAGCCAAAGUACUAGGCAACUCUCCUGAGCCUUGCUCGCCUUUGACAGAUAAAGAAAGUGUUACCUCUCCUU